AUGCGGCAAAUUUGCAUGCUAUGUGGAUGGGGCCCCUAUACCAACGUCCUUUUGGAAGACAGCUCAGUUCGAGUUCUGGCAUCCAGGAAUGCUAUACCAGGCAUCACAAUCAUUCAUGUCGAGUCUAGCGAUGACAAGCAAACCGAUGAUUCCAAUGCCGACGUGAAUGGAGAGGCUGAGGAUCUAGAUGAGGCACCCGAGUUGGCCUAUCUGAUGCACAAGGGCUGCUGGGAAAAUCUGAUGCGGGGCCUCUGUCAUGGAGUGUUCCAUCUGAAGCGACUGCUUCAAAUUAUCCGAGAGCGGCAUCUUGGAGGAAAUGCGUGCUGUUAG